AUGACAGCAAUUCUUGUCAAGAUUAUCUUGCGCAACAUCCGCGGUGACUACUGGGUCAACAACCUCAUUGCUGUCGUAGCUAGGAUGACUGCAAAACUCAAGAUUCUUGGCAAGGAUAUUCCUCGGAGCGUCGAGCUCACACUUCAAAGUUCAGCUGAUGCAAGGAUCCGUAUCUCGCAACGUCGGCGACAAAUAGAACGGUUUGCACUUUUAAGUCCAAACCAGUUGGGUGAGGAUAUUGGGGAAGAGUCAAGUCGCCUGCCAGUUGUAGGCGAGGCUGUUAAGUACUUCAUCGAUAUGGAGAGACUCCAUGACUUGACAACCGGGAUGUUGAUAGGGGUGCUCACCAACUUCACUGUUGCCGAUCCGACGGCCACUACCACCAACGAUUUUGAAAGCAGCGUGGCUAUGUAUGCGUCUCUUAUCACAGGAGAACAAGCACUACUCUAUCAAGGCCGCGAUGGUAGCAUCGGGGCGGCCAGCAAGGCCAACAUCGCCCGUACAUUCACAGCAGGCUUCCAUGUUUGUCUAGAGGCAUGGGGAGCCAUUCAAUCAGAGCCCGCACCGUCUGCACAAGAUUGGACGUCUAUCGAAUGGGACUGGUCUAUGGUGGAACCUGGGCAAAAAGACAGAUUCCAAACAAAGAAGGGCGACCUUAAGCUUUCAUCAAUGAGAGACACUCUCAUGGCCACAGUCCCGUUUUUCAUGAUUUCAGGCGACUCUGCAGCCCAGAUUUCGGAUAUGAUAGACAUCAUGAUUUUCACCACAAGUCGACUUUCAAGCGCUCCAUUGCGGUUGAUCAAGCAACCUCGGGCUACUUGCAAGGGUAUCCUACAAACAAGUACCUACGUACACAACAGACUAAAGAGACGCGCAGGGGGUGACAACUGCCCAUUGUCAGAAACAUACCUACUGCAGAGUAGAGCGGGCUCUGCUGCUUGCGAUCCGCGCUCCCUGACCAACACCGUUGGCACACUUGGGAGGAAGAACAGAAACAGUUCAGAUCUUUCAGCUGACCCAGAAAAGACCAAACUUCUCAUGGCUGCGGCCAAAAAACAAUCGGAUCAAUGGAUCAUUACCUACAACGCCAUCGUUGUUCCAUAUAAGCGUUAUGCAUGGGGGUGGAUAGCGAUCUCGACUAUCCUCGUGUUUGGCGGCUUGGCAAUUGGUUCUUCCACUGGCGACAGAAUUCUGGGAGUUGACCCAUUCAAUAUCAGUAUAUUCUGUUGGGCUCUUGCUGGCUUUGCGCUGGCGGUAGCUAAGGCUGUUCGGGUUGAGAACUGGCCAUGGAGCUCUUUUCUAUGA